AUGGCUCCUCUCAAACUGCGUGUCGAGGGGAAUGUUUUCCGGGACUCUCACGACCGAGAGGUCAUCUUGAGAGGAAUAAACCUCGAUGCCACGGCGAAGUAUCCGAGGAUACCGGACGUCCCAUCGCACGAAGUCAACGGGUUCUACGACGGGGACGACGUUUCCUUUGUAAAUAGACCGUUUACCCUCGAAGAGUCACACGCCCACUUCUGCAGGCUCAAGAAAUGGGGGUACAAUCACAUUAGAUAUGUGUUUACGUGGGAAGCAAUCGAGCAUGCCGGGCCAGGCCGGUACGACGAGGACUGGAUCACAUUUACCGUCGAGAUGCUGAGGAUCGCGGGAUCCUAUGGCUUCUAUGUAUAUAUGGAUCCGCAUCAGGAUGUGUGGUCCCGUUUCUCAGGCGGUUCCGGGGCGCCGCUAUGGACGCUGUACGCUGCAGGUCUUGAUCCACGAAAUUUCCAUGAUACUCAGUCUGCUCUAGUUCAGAAUACGUACCCGGAUCCAGCGGCAUUCCCUAAGAUGAUCUGGAGUACCAACUAUACCAGACUCAUCUGCCAAACGAUGUUUACCCUCUUCUGGGCUGGAAAGGACUUUGCUCCAAACGCAAUCAUUGACGGCAUGAAUAUCCAAGACUAUCUCCAAAACCAUUUCAUUGCUGCUUGCAAGCGUUUAGCAACUAGAAUCCACGAGGCUGGGGACCUAGAAGGUUCAGUGGUCAUCGGAUGGGAAAAUGUUAACGAACCUCACAGGGGUAUGAUCGGAAUUCCAGAUAUAUCUGUUAUCCCGGCCGAUCAACAACUGCAGCUCGGGACGUCACCAACGGCCUUUCAAGGUAUGAUGACAGGCUCAGGUUUCCCCUGUGAAGUCACACAGUGGGAAUUCGGCACUUUCGGACCAACUCAAACAGGCAGGACGCUAGUUGACCCAGAGGGGAAAUCUGUAUGGCUCAAGGUUGAUCGUGCCGAUUUUUACGGCUGGAAAAGGGAUCCUCGAUGGAAACUCGGAGAGUGUAUCUGGGCGCAGCAUGGAGUAUGGGACCCUGCUACGCUGACAUUACUACGCAAGGGCCACUUUGGCACUCACCCUAGGACUGGGCAAGCAUUGGAUUAUGAAGGUUUCAUCAAUACGUACUUCCUAGAACAUUAUCGGAAUUAUCGUGAUGCUCUGAGGAGUGUUGAUUCGAGCAUGAUCAUGUUCUGCCAGCCACCUGUACUAGAAAUACCUCCAACCAUCAAGGGAACGGCGGAUGAUGACCCCAAUAUGGUUCAUGCGGUCCAUUUCUAUGACGGACUGACUCUAAUGUCAAAGCAUUGGAAUCGGUACUAUAACGUCGACGUGGUUGGAAUACUUCGUGGGAAAUACUGGAUCCCGGCAUUUGGUCUUAAAAUCGGCGAAACCGCGAUUCGAAACUCCUUCCGUGAUCAAUUGCACUUCCUUCGUGAAGAGAGUUAUAAAAAUAUGGGCAACCACCCUCUCCUACUAACGGAAACUGGUAUUCCCUUUGAUAUGGACGAUAAGCAUGCAUAUAAGACAGGCGACUACUCCAGCCAAAUAAGCGCCAUGGACGCGAAUCAUUUUGGUAUCGAAGGCUGCGGAGGUAAUGGGUACAGCCUUUGGACCUAUGCUAGCGAGAAUUCACACAAAUGGGGAGACAACUGGAAUGGAGAGGAUUUGUCGAUUUACUCGCCCGACGAUUUGGAACUACCAAACGGGAAGUCGCUAGCAUCCGGUAUGAUCACAUUGGACCCUUCUUCUCCAUCUUUCUCGCAGAGUAGAGCCGGCUUACAAACUAUUCGGGUUGAACCGGAUAAUUUGAAAGCAGCUCUCCCUACCGCAUCGAUUACUACCGAAUCCCAAUUAAAGGACGGCGAAGAACACAAAGGGUUCCGUGCUGUAGAGGCAUUUGUACGGCCCGGCCCGGAAGCCGUACACGGUCGCAUAACAAAGCAUGGCUUUGACCUACAAAACUGUACCUUUUCGCUAUCCCUAACCGCCGACACCGCGACCGUCACCGAUUACCCGACUCUCAUAUAUCUCCCUGAAUUGCACUUUCCAAAGGACAAAUCCGAGGUCACUGUAAGUGGUGGGAAAUGGGAGAUAUUCUCUCAAGAGUUCCAGCUGGGAACCGUUCAGUUCCUGAGAUGGUGGCAUGCCGAGAGUGACCAGACUAUAUCAGUCCAUGGUGUCAAACGCGAACUUGCGGGCGUCGUUAAUCCGACUGACGGCGAAGGAUACAUCGAACAGUGCAAGCAACAUUCAUGCACGUUAAUCGCGGACUCUGAAAAAUUCUUCGCCACGCUAUUUAGACACCAAACGCCAAAACCUGACCCAACUUCGACCACUCCAGACCAACUGCAUUUAUAUAUUGAUCGCGUGAACCCGACUCUGCAGCCACGGAAAAUAGAGAAGGUCGAUGGUAGGGGUAUGGCUGAUUCUAUUCCGCAAAAUGACGGGAACGGGGGAGCCCCUCAGCUGGCAAGUAUAAUUCAAGCUCUCGAAGUUAUACAUUCGCCCGCGUCAACGAACGAAGUCAGGAAGCAAGCCUCGGAGUUUCUCGAACAGCAGAAGCAUGAAAAGGCAGCUAUACAGAACGGCUACUUUUUAGCUGCAGACAAGAGCCAUUCCCCCGUAGUUCGGCACCUCGGAUUGUCCUUAUUGGAACAUGUCUUACGGUACAGGUUCCUGGAACUAUCUCCAGACGAGCUUAACCAUACAAGAGGGCUCGUUAUGCGCCUUGCCGAAGGGCUUCAGUAUGAGGACCCGUCUUACAUCCGUAACAAGGUUGCUUCAUUAUGGGUGGAACUUGCGAAGCGUACCUGGGGUGUCGACUGGUCGGGCAUGGAUGAGUCGUUGGUGCAGCUAUGGGGUGCGACUUUUGCACAUAAAGAGCUUGUGCUUAUGGUCCUGGAGACUUUAUCGGAGGAUAUAAUUCAUCAAGAGGACACGGCCUCGUCUCUACGGGGCACUGAUUUGAACAGAGCACUAGUCGAAAUUUGCACUCCAUAUGAAGUUUUCAAGGAGGUAUACCCAACAAGGGACCAUCACACCGAAGUCCGUUGCGGGAGCGAGGGCUGGCUUUUCAGAGUCUCUUCCUUCUUGGAUGACUGUGUGCGGAACUUACAUGCAUCUGCGGAGGCCAAAUCUUGUGCAAUAAAGUCCUUGAGCUGUCUUCGCUCGUUUGUUGCGUGGGCUAUACCGAUGGCGAUAGCUUCGUCCCAGUGUGUUACGGCGAUAUGCCACGCGCUUACAGUUGAAGACGACGCUAUCCUUCUGGCGGUAGUGGAGGCGUUGCACGCAUUGUAUGGGCGAUCAACAUAUGACAUUGAGGAAUUCCAAAGACUUGUGAAUAUAAUUUAUCAAAAUGACCAUCUUAACCUCCUUAGGAAGUUAUAUGAAUGGUCAAUUGUCAGCGCCGAUAACAUCAUCGAAUCAAAAUAUUCUAUAUCCAAGAAACUAUCCGAGUUAAUGUCAUAUAUUGCAGGGUUCUUAGAAGAGAAAAAUGUUGACUUUACGAAAACAGUCGACCUCCCUAGUCUUUUCUCCUUUCUAAUUAGUAUCCUCCAGCACCCUAGCCUUGUUGUAUCCAUCCCGGUUCUUCAUUCCUGGUCGAGGUUACUGGCCUCAGACCAAAUUGGGGGAUUGGAGAUUGUCAACAGCUUAAUAGGACAGCUGUUGGAGAUCUGUUCACAGCGCCUUGUGCGAUAUGAGGCACUGCCUGAAGAUUCUGAUGAUCCAACUGUUGUGUUCCUUGGUGAAGAUAUCGAUACAAUACCAGAGAGGCACGCCUUCGUUGGUAACUAUCGAAGAUACUGCAGCCAGGUAAUUGAGGUCAUCGUCCAAAAACACACGCUUGAAGCAAUCCCUCACAUUCUCUCUCGGGUUGAUAACUCCCUGAAUAACAUAUACGCUGGGAGCGCUCCAUUUGAUAUGGCCACAUUCCAGAAACAAUCGAUACCUGCGCUGCGUGCAGAUAUUCAGUUUACAGUUGUUGAGGCAAUGCUUAAAGGCUAUCUCAAAUGGAAGGGUUCCUUGGGUUCUGAGCCCCAACAAGAUGAACAACAGCGUCUGGAUAUUGAAGGUACACUUGAAAACUGGGCUAUGAGCCUGAUGGAUCGCAAUUUUGAAGAUCCAAGUAUAAAGCAACGGGUACUACGAUUAUGUGUUGACUUUUCAGCGAAGGCACUGGUAGAUCGGCCGAGUUACGCACUGAAAGUCCUUGAACACAUCUUGAUGGUUCAAAUCCCGGACCGUCCAGAGCAUUCAGCUUUCUCUGACUCAGUGAAGGAGCUCUACAGUAUGGCUACUUACGAAAUUAGGAGACUUGCGAUUGGAUAUGCCGACUACUUUGCAAACUAUUACGAACCGCUGGAACAGAAGGCGCAGGAAAUAGGGCAAAGACCCAAUGAUGAAGGGCGGCCUCAAAUGGAGCUAUCUGCCGUCCUUUUAAUUAUCAUGCAACGGGCUCGGAAUGUAGACCCAUAUCUUCGACAGUCUCGAUUAAAUUCGUUCAUUGAGCCCAUAAGGCAAUCAUGGGCCAGCGAACAACUGAAGCUGAUGCUGGGUUCAUUUAAAGGGUUUUAUGAAGUCCUUGGUUUGGAUAAAGUACGCCCCUAUCUUCAGGAACGGGAAGCGCAGAAGUUAGAGGACUGGACCGCGGUCCCCCUGGACGCAGAAGGGAUACGUAUCCAGGAGCACCUGAGUGUAAAAUUUCAGGAAUUACCCCUACGCUCUACGCGCACAUUGCUUGCUGUAUCGACAGAAAGGGUAAAAAGGGACGAGCCGGCAUAUCAAAUCGCAGUCGAUCUAUGGAAAGAUACCGUUCCGAUAAUCCUACCGACUUUACUGCAGCUUAUUAGUCAUGCCCACGCCUUCCAUAAUCCUGAUAACUGGGAAGGGCUUCCUGAGGAUAUGCGCCCAGUUGAGCUGCCCGUCCCUCUAUCGCAAGCUCUUUAUAAGGAUGCUUUCUCCCUCUCCUCGCACCAGUUCUCCAUUUUGCUGAAUAUUUCACGGUGUCUCAUAGAUGAUUGCCCGGUGGCUGUCCGGAGAAGUUUUCUACCUCCCAUGAUGUCGGCACUAUUUGCACAACUCGAUAGAAAAAUUACCACCGAGUGGGACAUCAUCCAGCGCCGAAGAAUAGGUGUAGUGGAUGAUGAUCUUACUGAGGAAAUGAAAGAUGAGAGUAUUCUCCGGCAGCUGACAUACUCAGCAGUUAUUAUGGUGGCCAGCUUUCUGGAUCCUCAACGGGAAGAAACGUCCCAGGGCCCUUCGGAAGUAGGCGAACUAGAGACCGGCGAGGGAAGCAAACCUGAGACCAUGCGAAGUUUCAUUCUUUCCUCCACCCAGAUUCUUGAACCUGUCUUGUUAUUCUGUACACAUGCCUUACAGAUGCAUGAUACACGUUGCUGCACCAUAAUAACUCGCGUCAUUCGAUCUAUAUUAACCGAAUUUGUCCCUUCCGUUGACACACCGACAGCAGCUACAAUCCGUGAAUUUAUCAGCAGCGAAGUUUUGAAGGCGUGCAUAAAUUCCGUGCAUGAUCCAUACUUUGUGGACAUGCAGAAGGAUCUAGCACAACUCAUUUCUACAAUAUGGAUUUUAUACGGCCCUACUACCAACACACCAAGGUCCAUUAUGUUGAGCCUACCAGGAAUGGCAGAGGCAAAAGUAAAGGCGACCGAGGAAGCAUUGUUAUGUUCUACCUCCGGCCGGCAACAAAAAGCUCUCGUAUUGGAUCUGCUAGAAGGCGUGAGAGGUGUGAGGAUUAGCGAGCAGGGACGGAUUUUGGGCACAGCCUCAAGCCGUAGAAAAGAGCGCAGCGCAAUGCAGGCGCGUUACAUGACCACGGAAAUGGAGGGGCAGGAAAGCAAGAAAGUCGAUGUGAAUGACGGCGCAGAUCUGACAUUUGUUGCCGACAUGUUUGGUCAGACUUAG